AGGAGAGGUGAGUGUGAUGGAGACGAGGGGGGAGCGGGAGGCCGGGCUCCUGGGUCUGGGAGAAGUGUGUGAGGAAAAAGGCGGGCCUUUACAGCUUGGUUUUUGGUUUUUUGUUGUUUGUUUGUUUGGAGACGGAGUCUCGGUCUGUUGCCCAGGUUGGAGUGCAGUGGCGCGAUCUCGGCUCAUGGCAACCUCCGUCUCCCGGGUUCAAACGAUUCUCCUGCCUCAGCCUCCAGAGUAGCUGGGAUUGCAGGCGCCCGCCACCACCCCUGGCUAAUUUUUGUAUUUUUAGUAGAGACGUGGGGUUUCCCCACGUUGGUCAGGCUGGUCUCGAACUCCUGAUCUCGUGAUCUGCCCGCCUCGGCCUCCCAAAGUGCUGUGAUUACAGGCGUGACCCACCGCGCCUGGCCAGUUGUUUGUUUGUUUGUUUGCUUUGUCUGAGACGAAGUUUCGCUCUUGUUGCCCAGGAUGGAGUGCAGUGGCGCAAUCUCGGUUCACUGCAACCUCCUCCUCCCGGGUUCAAGCGAUUCUCCUGCCUCAGCCUCCCGAGUAGCUGGGAUUACAGGCAUGCACCACCACACCCAGCUAAUUUUUUGUAUUUUUAGUAGAGACAGAGUUUCACCAUGUUGGCCAGGCUGGUCUCGAACUCCUGACCUCAGGUGAUCCACCCGCCUGGGCCUCCCAAAGUGCUGGGAUUACAGGCAUGAGCCACUGCCCCUGGCCUUUUACAUCUCAUUUACCCAAAAGUCUUAAUAUGCGCCUACCAUGGUGUGGCCCUGGGGAUGUGGAAGGAGCAAAAAUUGUUCCCUGCCCUCUUAGAGCUUUGGUUGAUGCCUGGCAGACAGGCUUUAUCAAAUAAUUACUUCAUUAAUCACAAAUGUGUGAAGUGCCUUACUGUAGACACGCAGAGCGUGCGGGACACGUUAUCACAAAGCAACCUCCUGUAGUCUAGAGUGGGGCGUGUGGGUCAGGGAGGUGGAACGUGAGAGCUGAAGGCUGAGGAGAUGCUGGGCUACUAAGAAGUGAGGAGAGCCAGACGCCAUGGCUCACUCCUGUAAUCCCAGCACUUUGGGUGGCCCAGGCGAAAGGAUCACUUGAGCCCAGAAGUUGGAGACCAGCCUGAGCAACACAGCCUCGGGAUGUCUCUGGCAGAUGAGCUCUUAGCUGAUCUCGAAGAGGCAGCAGAAGAGGAGGAAGGAGGAAGCUAUGGGGAGGAAGAAGAGGAGCCAGCGAUCGAGGAUGUGCAGGAGGAGACACAGCUGGAUCUUUCCGGGGAUUCGGUCAAGACCAUCGCCAAGCUAUGGGACAGUAAGAUGUUUGCUGAGAUUAUGAUGAAGAUUGAGGAGUAUAUCAGCAAGCAAGCCAAAGCUUCAGAAGUGAUGGGACCAGUGGAGGCAGCGCCUGAAUACCGCGUCAUCGUGGAUGCCAACAACCUGACCGUGGAGAUCGAAAAUGAGCUGAACAUCAUCCAUAAGUUCAUCCGGGAUAAGUACUCGAAGAGAUUCCCUGAACUGGAGUCCUUGGUCCCCAAUGCACUGGAUUACAUCCGCACGGUCAAGGAGCUGGGCAACAGCCUGGACAAGUGCAAGAACAAUGAGAACCUGCAGCAGAUCCUCACCAAUGCCACCAUCAUGGUCGUCAGCGUCACCGCCUCCACCACCCAGGGGCAGCAGCUGUCGGAGGAGGAGCUGGAGCGGCUGGAGGAAGCCUGCGACAUGGCGCUGGAGCUGAACGCCUCCAAGCACCGCAUCUACGAGUACGUGGAGUCCCGGAUGUCCUUCAUCGCGCCCAACCUGUCCAUCAUUAUCGGGGCAUCCACGGCCGCCAAGAUCAUGGGUGUGGCCGGCGGCCUGACCAACCUCUCCAAGAUGCCCGCCUGCAACAUCAUGCUGCUUGGGGCCCAGCGCAAGACGCUGUCAGGCUUCUCGUCUACCUCAGUGCUGCCCCACACCGGCUACAUCUACCACAGUGACAUCGUGCAGUCCCUGCCCCCGGAUCUGCGGCGGAAAGCGGCCCGGCUGGUGGCCGCCAAGUGCACACUGGCAGCCCGUGUGGACAGUUUCCACGAGAGCACGGAGGGGAAGGUGGGCUACGAACUGAAGGAUGAGAUCGAGCGCAAAUUCGACAAGUGGCAGGAGCCGCCGCCCGUGAAGCAGGUGAAGCCGCUGCCUGCGCCCCUGGAUGGGCAGCGGAAGAAGCGAGGCGGCCGCAGGUACCGCAAGAUGAAGGAGCGGCUGGGGCUGACAGAGAUCCGGAAGCAGGCCAACCGUAUGAGCUUCGGAGAGAUCGAGGAGGAUGCCUACCAGGAGGACCUGGGAUUCAGCCUGGGCCACCUGGGCAAGUCGGGCAGUGGGCGUGUGCGGCAGACGCAGGUAAACGAGGCCACCAAGGCCAGGAUCUCCAAGACGCUGCAGCGGACCCUGCAGAAGCAGAGCGUCGUGUACGGCGGGAAGUCCACCAUCCGCGACCGCUCCUCGGGCACGGCCUCCAGCGUGGCCUUCACCCCACUCCAGGGCCUGGAGAUUGUGAACCCACAGGCAGCAGAGAAGAAGGUGGCUGAGGCCAACCAGAAGUAUUUCUCCAGCAUGGCUGAGUUCCUCAAGGUCAAGGGCGAGAAGAGUGGCCUCAUGUCCACCUGAAUGACUGCGUGUGUCCAAGGUGGCUUCCCACUGAAGGGACACAGAGGUCUAGUCCUUCUGAAGGGCUGGGAUUGGGUUCUGGCAGGGAGAACCUACCCUGCCACCGGCCCCAGUGCUGAGACUGCCUAGGGAGGAGGCCUUGGAAGAGCCCGGCCUGGCCUCCCCCAGGACCGAGAUCACCGCCCGGUAUGGGCUAGAGCAGGUCUUCAUCAUGCCUUGUCUUUUUUAUUUUAACUGAGAAAGGAGAAACUUUUUUGAAAAGAGUACAAUUAAAAGGACAUUAUCAA